CACAAUUUACAGCACCUGCUGCACUCAGGUGCCUCAUUAGCCAUAAUUAUGACAAGAGUGAGGAGACUCAGGUUUAAUCCUACACUAGGAACCACUUUCAGCUUUUGUGGGACUUUGCUAAGGCUACUCGCCUCUGUGCAGUGCAUUUUCUUUUCUCUAAUGGCGUGUAGAGAGAGCAGGGGCGGUGUAGUUUUACUGUGUAUUGGACUUUUAGUGUUUGUGACAUCACUUUGCCACUGUACAAAACCAACCAGAUUGAAGGCUUUGGAUAAUUUAAAAGAGAGCUCGAUGCAUAUUCAAAGUCAAGCUAAGGAAAGUCAUCAGCAUCAUGGAAGACUCUUGAUUGGGCAAAACUUGCAGCAAGAUGCCAAUCUCAAUGGAACCAAUACUACAAACAUGUUUAAUAUUGAAACAGAUUACCAAGCAGAUAUGGGCUGGUGGCAGAGCAAGGAACUGAGUGGACAAGGUGGCAAGCAGGAACCAGGCGUUGCAGCAACACAACAUGUUCUUGAAAUGGAUCCACGGGUUGAAUGCACAGGAGAUUCAAUGAAACUGCUUGUUCAAGGAGCAACUUCCCCUCCUGACUCUCUCCUCUUUGUGGACAGGGGAGUUCAGUUGUCUCCCCUGUCUAUGUCCAAGUUGCCUUCAAGCUGUGGUUACACCAUCAGAUCAACUCGUACAGAUCUCCUCUUAAUUGCACCUUAUGAUGGCUGCUUUGUCAUACUUGAGGAGAACAACUAUGUGCUCCCAUUGCUUUGGUGGGGACUUCCAGUGAGGAUGUCAUGUCCAAUGAUAACCCACCCAUCACCAAACCCACCAAUGGUCACUUGCCAUGCUGGGGGCAUGGUUGUGAAAAUAGACGGGACAAAUUCUGCCUCUAAGAUCAAAGUUAAAGUGAAUGGAAAUUGGGAGCCAUUACUAAAGGCCUCACAGAGAUGCAUCUUUGGUGUAGUGGAACAUCCUGAAGGCGUGGUAAUCUCUGUACACUAUACACCAUGCCUGCAAAAGAAGGACGGACUGUACACUCUGGAACUAGCUAUGGAAGGGCAAACAAAAGUUUCAUGCCCACUGCUUUUAUUGGCUCAAAGUGAAGUUACCAAGGGUUAUCAACAGCAAAUGGAAAUGCCAAGAAAGGGGUUGUAUUCCACUACCUCAGAUGCUACUUCAGUCCAUCCUACAAAACAAAGUGCUCAUCAGGUUCCUGAGUUUCCCAAGUACCCACAGAUUCCCAACAGACAGAGUCAGGUUCCCAAGGAAACUGGUUAUUCUAGAUUUCCUUAUUCUCCUUUCUUCCCAAAUUACCUUUACCCUCACCAUACAAAUCCAGACAGUCUGCCUACGGUUAAGCCAAUGAGUCCUACCACUGCAUCUCCAGGUGGCAAACCUACAGGCAAAAAUGAGCAAGGCUUGAAUCGGUUUCAUUCUUUGUCAUAUCUUCCUGGGCCCCUCCCUAGCCAAUCACCAUUCACCAAGUUCCCAGCAGGUAAAGAUCAGCAUUUCCAUCAAAAUCCUUCCAAUCGUCCACCAGGGCUUCCUCAGAAACCAUCUGCAAACCAACCUAAGGAUCAAGAACAGAGGCCUCUUCAACCGUUUCUGUAUUGCAUGCAACCUCCAGCAUCUCAUGGUCACAAUGUUCAUCCGUUGUGUUUUGACAGAUUACCGGAGAACCCAGAUUUAUUGCAUCCUGCCUUUUCUGAGAAUCCACAUGGUGAUUUAUACCAACCAUUCUACCUCUUCUAUACCCAGCAGCACAUGGGCUCAAAACCCCCUGGUGUUUCUCAGCCAUCAAAACCUGGAUUACCUCAGACCCAAGUACAUCAGCCAUUCUCCACACAGCAUUCAUCUCAAAAUCCCACUGUCACCUCUCAGACACCAUGGCCUGGAGUCCCUCAGGGCCAAGGACAUCAGCUUUUCUACCCAUUCUACAGCCAUCCAAAGCCAACCCCAAAACCUGCAAGUGACCCUCGGCCAUCAAAACCAGAAACGCCUAAGCCUCUGAACCCAUUCUACAAUAGACCAAAUCCAACACCAAAACCUACCGUUUCUUUGCCGCUGAACCCUGGGAUUCCUCGGGUCCAAGAAUACCAGCCAUUUAUCCCAUUCUUCAACAGACCAAAACCGUCUUGGCCAUCAGAGCCUGGAACACAUUUAAGGCCAGCACAGCAGCCUCUCCCUCAUCCUCAAAAUCCUGGACCUCAACAUCCAUCAAAGCCUACCGCCGAUCCUCAGCAACGGCUGCCUCAGUCCGCUCUAGGCCAGUUGUACCAUAUGUUCCACACGUAUCACACAUUCCCUAAACCACAGCCAGGUACGAAACCCCCUGGUGUUCCUCAGCCAUCGCAGCCUGAGAUUCCUCAAAAACCAUCCCAUCCCCAGCCAAAGCCAGGAAUGCAAACACCUGCAAGCUCUGCUCCUCAGUUAGUGCAGACUCCAGCUCAUCUGGACCAGUUUCACCAGGAAAUGUGUCUGUAUUCACAACUUAUGGCAAACCACCCCACAGCAGGUGAAAAUAUUCAGGGACAAGCAUAUGGACCUUGUUACCCGUACAUGACACAGGGUCCUAAAAAAGAAUAUGGAACUCGGUUAAAAAAUCCAGGGCAAAGUUUUCAGUCUCAUAAUGUCAAGCCUUUCCAGACGAACCCCUCUAACGUUUUCUCCUACUCUCAGCAGCCCCCCUACUUCCCACCUAUCCCUGCUUCUACUGGGCAUCCACCGGUCUCUACUCCUGCCAAAAACCAGAAACACCCAGGCCCUCCUAAUCUACAAAUGGGUAAUGUUGGUAUUCCUUCUAAAGUCCCACAGGCCAGUUCUCCACAAAUGUCAUCUCUGUAUUGCCCUCAAAUUUGUCCCUCUGGAUUUGGUAACUGUUGUCUACAAAUAUCUUUUCAUCAACAUCUCCAUAUUGUUCCUGCUGGGUUUGAUGGUAAAGAAUUCGAGUUUCACACUGGUCUGCCAUUUGACUCUUCUAUUAUGUAUAAUAACUUUGGAAAUGGCAUGCAACCAGCCUCCCUCUCCCGAAAGCCCACAGAAGGAACAUUGCAAGCUGUGACAUCCCGCACCUCUGUACCUACGUCACCUCAGCUCCCUCCAGUGGCAGAUAAAAAGCAUCCACAACAACAACCACCAGAUGGCAACCCUGCUGCACCACCUGGAAGUAGUCCCAGCAAUACUGCAAAUCUCCAAAUGCCAGUCAAUCCUUACUUUCAAACGGACAUGCACCUUCCCCACUUUUUAUAUAAGCCACAGUAUCAUGAUCUGCUAAUGUUCCAGCAAGGCAAAUCUCCAGCUGAUGCCGAUCCAUCUAAACUUUGGGCUUCAGGUCAUAAGCCCGCCAUACAGUAUGACCCAUCUAAGAUCCAGUUCCCCCAAACAGUCAACCAGCCAUUCAGUGGAAUUAAUCCAUACAGGCCAAGCUCAAAGUCCAAUCAGUAUCCUCGUCAUACAACAGAGCAGCAAAGUAAACCUUUAGACAAUGAACGUCAGGCACUAAAUGCAAAAUUUGGCGAUCAACAUCAGAUUAAUUUUUUCUCUCCUUACUACAUGCCUCGGGAUGCUCCAGAGCCCACUGAUAACAAUUCUGUUGCCCCCAACAACUCUCAGGAAUCUGAGGCUGGCUUGAACUCAACUGAGCAUGGACAGACUCUGAGCUCUCACCUUGAAUCACAAAGUUAUGUCCUGCUACAGUACGGUCCGCCGGGUAGGGAUCACAACAGUUACAGAGAAUCACCAGUCCCUCUGAGUGAACUGGCUCAAACUGCAAAGUCUGAGACCUUGAAUUUAGCAAGACCCCACCAUACUAAUCCUCAGAAUUUGGAGUCCAUACAAGAAAAAGGCCAACAGAUCACGUGGUUGGGUGAAGGAAUAUCUGUUCCCUUGCCAAGUAAUGUCAACUAUUUGCAUAGGCUUGAUGAUUCCAGUUUGCCUUCAUUUUCUACUGCCCCAGAUGAAUCCCAUCGGUUGUUCUCCGAAGAAUCUUUCAGGGCCGUGCACUCAAAGCCUGAAACUCACAAGCCCUUUGAGGACCUUUUGAAAUCUUUGACACCCCCAGGCUCCAAUCAAAAGUUUCCUCUUCAUAUUCCAGGAACGGUGCUUCAAGAAUGGCACUCUGACCAGCCAGCAAAAGGAAAGAAUAAACCUGUCCAGAUGGAACAUGGAAAUAAAGGGUGAAAACUUCAUGAAUAAACUGUUCAGACAAACUGU